UGGUCCAGCUGCUUUCGGUGGCAUCUGGAGUGUGUGGAUGGAAAAAUGUGCCAGCGAGCGAUGCUGACGUUGCCAGAACGCAUCAUCUUGCCACAAAUCAUUCCAACCAGCAACACUAACGUACCUCAGCAACAGCAGCAAUCGGUGGGAUCGGAUUGCUUACGCUCAUCCGUCCAUGACCAGGUACGAUCGGUACAGCUUGUCCUCCGACCAGCAGCAGCAGCAGCAGCAGCACCAACAGAAACCGAAGGAACAUUGUCCGGAGUCAGGGGACGUAGUCCUCUACAGCUCUACAGCUGCGAUGACUGACGAGGAGCUGCUAUUGCUCGAGCGUGCCAACGCCGAACGUGAUGAGAUAUUUCUACGUUACGACCAGGGACGCAAAUGUGACAGUAUCGAUGCCUGGGAGGAUCCGCUGUUCGAAGUUUACACGCAGGCAGAUCGGUACGGUUUCUUGCAUCCCGUUGCACCGAAACAGUCCAAAGAGGCGGAGCUGCUGCAUCACAAGAUCGAGAUGGAACGUUUGAAAAAAUGGGUAAAGAUGGACAAAAACUGGGACAGUGCUGCGACGAAGAAAAAUCUCCCCAGACGCAUCAUGAAGGGCAUCCCUGAUCGGAUGCGUUCGGCAAUCUGGCGCAAACUGCUUGAUCUUGAUCGGCAAAUCAAAGAGAACGUGGGCAUGUACGACCGGAUGUUGCAGUGUGCCCGACACCACAGUCCCGAUAUAAGGCAGAUCGAUUUCGACGUGAAUCGACAGUUUCGGAAUCAUCUGUUUUAUAGGGAGCGGUACAGCGUGAAGCAGCAGAGUUUGUUCCGCGUGCUGGCCGCUUACAGUAUGUACAAUACGGAAAUAGGGUACUGUCAGGGCAUGUCGACGGUGGCCGCAGUACUGUUGAUGUACUUCGACGAGGAAGACACGUUCUGGGCGUUGGAUGUGCUGAUGACCAAUGCACGGUACGCCAUGCACGGGCUGUACAUUGUGGGCUUUCCGAAGUUGAUGCGAUUUCUGGCGCACCACGACAGGAUCCUUACGAAGUGUAUGCCAUCGCUCAAGAAGCACUUGGACAAGCACGAGGUACAUUCUGUGCUGUAUUCGCUGAAAUGGUUUUUUGUUAUCUUCAUCGAGCGGAUACCGUUUAGCCUGUGCCUGCGAGUGUGGGACAUCUAUAUGAUGUUUGGCGAGCGUGUACUAACGGCGAUGGCGUACACCAUACUGAAGAUUCACAAGUCCCGUCUACUUCGAAUGAAAGACAUGGAUCAGGUGACGGAUUUCUUGCAGACUUCGUUGCACAAACAGUUCGGCUAUCACGACGAUCAUGUGAUAAAAGUUCUCCAGCAUUCGAUGGAUGAGCUGAAGAAGCUAAAACUACUUAAUCUACCACCUGCGUCUGCCAACGAGCUUCCAACCGUGCCACGGGGCCAAACUGUGGUGGAACCAUCAGCACAGGCGAAGAUCGGUCACCGUAAUGAACAGUUUUCGGAGCGAGAGAUAGCAUUGAAAGAAACGGUGCUGUAUCGUAGCGAAUCGAAGAACGAGGACGAGGAGGAACAGUACAAUGGUGAUGGUGAGCUGGUUGUUCGGGAACGGGCUAUUGCUGCUAGGGCGGAAGAUGAGGAAGAGGACGAACGGACGGAGAAAGAUUACGAUGAUAUUACGGAAGAUACAGUGAGCCAGCUGCAUACAGGGUUGCAAAGGUUGCCAAAAAAUCCGCGAUUAGUUGAAGGCGUUAGUACCAGCUCGUUGCGCACAAUCCAGAGUUUCACCACGUUCGAUACGGGGACCUCAAUGGCGACCAGCUUAAAUUCCCUCGUCAUCAUCGAUUCGAUCGAUGACUAUUGUGAUAACGAUAGAAUUAUCGAAGAAAGUACUCGCUUGUAAGGAA